CUUUCUCUGUUCUCUUUACAAAUUUCAGGGGGAUUAAUGGCAGUUCUUUCUUUAGAUACUCCAUCUUUCAGUUCUCAACUUAAUGGUAGUAUCUCAAUGGAAUCUUCUUCACCAUUAUUAUCACCAAGUCCUUCAGUUUUAUCAGAGAAAGAAGAUUAUUGGAGCACACUGAGAAAUCGAGUUGAUACCCUUCUCGAGAAUCGACAAUCAAUUAACCAAAAUUCUGAAUUCCCAGUUUCAUCAUCGAGAAAAGAAGAAGAUGAUUGUUUGCUUCUACUGCGAGGAUUUGAUUCAAUUUCUUCUUCUUUGAUUCAACUUAAAGGCAAUUUACAUAAGGCCCUGGAGGGAGCAAGAGAUCUGUCAAAACCUUCAUUAACUGAAAUAUUGCAAAAUGAUGCUGAAAAGUCAGAAGAGGGCAGCAAAAAUUUGAAGAAGAGAAGGCAUGAUGACGAGUCUGAAGAACAAUCAAUUGAGAAUCAGAAAGGAGGUGACGAAUUGAAGAAUGGGAAGCUCAAGAAAGCUAAAAAUCUUGCAAUUUCGAUGGCAGCAAAUGCAGCUUCACUUGCUAGACAAGUGAAAUUGAUUAGAUCGGAUUUGUCAUUUAUGCAAGAGAGAUGCGAUAUGCUUGAGGAAGAGAACAUGAGACUUCGCAAUGGAUCUGACAAGCCUGAAGAAGAUGAUCUGGUGAGACUUCAAUUGGAAGCUUUGCUUGCAGAGAAGUCUCGAUUAGCUACUGAGAAUGCCAACCUAAUACGAGAGAACCAGUGUCUUCACCAGCUCGUUGAAUACCAUCAACUCACCUGCUCCUCGGAAGAUAUCGAUCAAACGUACGAACAAGUUGUGGGAGGAAUGUGCUUGGAUUUUUCUUCUCCUUCUUCAGAUAGUGAUGACUCAAACAGUAGUGAAAUUGAUGCUCCAAGCACACCGAGAAGUGAUAUUGUUGGGUUCUCCGCUUGCCUUGAUCAGUGCUAUGAAGAGCACAAGUAGUAGUAGUGGUAGUGCUGGAUGGAGCUUGCAAUUCAGCCUGUGUUUGCAGUUUACAGUUCUGAUUAUUAUAGUGUUCAAUUCUGAGCUGGUGUGUUGCAUUAUUUUUGGCCGGCCCGACAUGUCAUCAGAUUGGCACGUACCUGCUAGAUCAAAUUGA